CAAAGAGAAACCGGCUUCCGUCAUGGGGCAAAAUCAAUCUGGUUCUGGUGGAGGUCAGGGAGACAAGAAAGAUGAUAAAGAUAAGAAGAGAAAAUAUGAACCACCAGUACCCACCCGGGUAGGCAAGAAAAAGAGGAAGUCCAAGGGACCAGAUGCUGCUAAUAAAUUACCACAAGUCACACCACACACAAGAUGUCGGUUAAAGUUACUGAAGAUGGAGAGGAUCAAAGAUUUCUUGUUGAUGGAAGAAGAGUUUAUCAAAAAUCAGGAAAGGCUGAAGCCACAAGAGGAGAAAAAUGAGGAAGAAAGGUCAAAGGUUGAUGAUCUGCGAGGAACACCGAUGUCUGUUGGUAAUCUGGAGGAGAUCAUUGAUGAUAACCAUGCUAUUGUGUCAACAUCUGUUGGCAGUGAACACUAUGUUAGCAUCCUGUCCUUUGUAGACAAGGAUGCCCUGGAACCGGGAUGUUCAGUUCUCCUCAAUCACAAGGUCCAUGCAGUUGUUGGUGUGUUAGGUGAUGACACAGACCCCAUGGUGACUGUGAUGAAGUUAGACAAGGCUCCACAAGAAACUUAUGCUGAUAUCGGUGGUUUAGACACACAGAUUCAAGAAAUUAAGGAAUCUGUGGAGCUUCCUUUGACUCAUCCAGAAUAUUAUGAAGAAAUGGGUAUCAAGCCACCAAAAGGAGUCAUUUUAUAUGGCCCACCGGGGACAGGUAAAACUUUACUAGCCAAGGCUGUGGCCAAUCAGACAUCGGCAACAUUCUUGAGGGUCGUCGGCUCAGAACUCAUUCAAAAAUACCUUGGAGACGGUCCAAAACUGGUCAGAGAGUUGUUCAGAGUAGCUGAGGAACAUGCUCCUUCGAUUGUAUUUAUUGAUGAAAUUGAUGCCAUUGGUACAAAAAGAUAUGAAUCUAAUUCUGGUGGUGAGAGAGAGAUCCAGAGGACCAUGUUGGAGUUACUCAACCAGUUGGAUGGCUUUGAUUCAAGAGGAGAUGUCAAGGUUGUAAUGGCCACCAACCGAAUCGAAACAUUAGACCCAGCUCUCAUUCGGCCCGGUCGUAUUGAUAGGAAAAUAGAGUUCCCUCUCCCAGAUGAGAAGACCAAGAGACGAAUCUUUAACAUCCACACAAAUAGGAUGACCCUGGCUGAGGAUGUCAACAUUGAUGAUUAUGUCAUGGCAAAGGAUGAUCUGUCGGGAGCUGAUAUCAAGGCUAUCUGUACAGAAUCAGGUCUUCUUGCUCUGAGGGAACGAAGAAUGAAGGUUACCAGCGAGGAUUUCAAGAAAGCAAAGGAGACUGUGUUGUAUAGAAAGAGUGAAGGGACACCAGAAGGACUCUAUCUUUAAGAAAGGGACUGUUCGAAGUGGUGAUGACAGUAUUGUUAUCAAAUGAUAUUCUGUUGUGUGAAUAAUUCAGGCAGUCUUGUCACAUUUGGGGAUUCAGUAAGAUCUUGAUUCUCAUGAAAUGCACAGAGUUAAAGGCAACCUUGAAUGGAGACAGGAUGUGCUCAUUCAUGUCAGCCUCGGGGCAGGACAACUUGUAAGAUAAGCUAUUGAAGGCAAUAGGUGGAAUCCUCUGUCAAAUAACAGGAUUUAUCAUCGGAUGACUUGACUAAGUCUACAUGCAGUGAUGAGGUUCAAGAUUCAGAUUUAAUUGAAUGAGGUUUCCUUCAAGUUUCUCAUGAAAAUGUAAUCCUGGUUCCUUCUGCAGUUAGAUUGUACCUUGAAUAAAAGCUUAUUGGUGUAAA